AUGGCCGGUGGCGGCGCCGACGAGUUCGGUCGGGCGGCGGCGAGGGCCGCGGUGGCGCGGACGCUGCAGGCGGCGGGCUUCGCCUCCGCGACCCGCUCGGCGGUGGACGCGCUCGCCGACGUCCUCCUCCUCUACCUCCGCCUCCUCGGCGGCGCCGCCAACGCCCACGCCAACCACGCCGGCCGCUCCGCCCCCAACGAGCUCGACGUGCUGCAGUUCCUGGAGGAGACCGGCGAGGCGUACCAGGGCUUCGAGGGCGCCUCCUCUACCCGCGGCUGCCUCGUCGGCUCCGGCGUCGUCAAGGAUUUGGUCGCGUUCGCUGGUGAUGCCGAUGACAAGCCGCUCUCCGUGAGGCAGCGGCUGCCCAGGUUUCCGGUGCGGCAUGAUCCGCCGCCGUCGCGGCCGUGUGUUAGCUUUGCGUCGCUGGGCCGGGGGAGCGGGAUGAGGCAUGUGCCGGAGUGGCUCCCGGCCUUUCCGGAGCCCCAUACGUAUGCGAUGGCCGAGGAGUCGGGCGAGAUGGUCGGGGGGUCGUCGGCUGUGGUGGAUGAGGUUGAGCAGGUGCGGCGGCAGAGGAAGGCCGAGAAGUCGCUGCUUGGUUUGCAGCGGCAGCUGGCGCUCGCGGGUGGCAACGGGAUCCGCCCGGCGAUGGUGGUGGAGGAGGGUGCUGGCAAGGGGAAGGAGCUAGAUAGGGCUGUGGUCAAGAGCAAUCCGUUUAUUCAGUCGGCACUGUGUUAUGGGGAGAAGGAGGUGCCAGAGGUUGCCGUGCCAAAUUUGGGGAAGAAACACUCUGCCCUUGAGAACUUUGCACCCACUUUCACACAAUCAGAGGAUGAAAAACUUGAUGAGGGGAGGAGGGACCAAGGUCGAUGUCGGAAAAGGAUAGUUCCAAAGGAGAGGCCACCGGUGUAUUUUAGGAUAGGGACUGAUAGGAAGUCAAGGGUGAUGGCAUUGAAUUCGAGAGCCUUGGAGGACCGUGAGGGCCCCUUGUUCCUGGAGGAUGAUCGGAAGCGGAGGGCACUGUCGAUAGCAGAACCAAUGGAGAAGCCUAGCUGA